UCAAAGCAUAUUUUCUUCUUCUUUGGGGACGCUACUCUCUUCUCUCAGCUUCGUCCUUUUCCACCCAAAAAACAAAAAACCCUCAAAACCAAUCUAAUGGGGCAAGGAACUCCGGGCGGCCUCAACCGCCAGGGCAUGCCGGGUGAUCGUAAGCCGGACGGCAACGACAAAAAGGACAAGAAAUUCGAGCCGGCGGCCCCUCCCGCCCGCGUGGGCCGCAAGCAGCGGAAGCAGAAGGGACCCGAGGCCGCGGCUCGCCUUCCGGUUGUGACGCCUCACACGAAGUGCAAACUCCGAUUGCUGAAGCUGGAGCGCGUGAAGGACUAUCUGCUGAUGGAGGAAGAGUUCGUUGCGAACCAAGAGAGGCUGAAGCCUCAGGAAGAGAAGGCCGAAGAAGAUAGAUCAAAGGUCGAUGAUCUCAGAGGUUCUCCAAUGAGCGUUGGGAAUCUUGAAGAGCUCAUUGACGAGAAUCAUGCCAUUGUUUCGUCUUCGGUCGGGCCUGAAUAUUACGUUGGGAUCUUGUCGUUUGUUGAUAAAGAUCAGUUGGAGCCUGGUUGCGCUAUUUUGAUGCAUAAUAAGGUUCUUUCUGUUGUUGGACUUCUUCAAGAUGAAGUUGAUCCAAUGGUCUCUGUCAUGAAGGUUGAAAAGGCUCCUUUGGAAUCCUACGCUGACAUUGGUGGUUUGGAUGCUCAGAUACAGGAAAUUAAGGAAGCAGUGGAGCUUCCAUUGACUCACCCUGAAUUAUAUGAAGACAUUGGUAUUAAACCUCCUAAAGGUGUCAUAUUAUAUGGAGAACCUGGAACUGGGAAAACCUUGCUUGCAAAGGCUGUAGCAAACUCAACAUCAGCGACAUUCUUGCGUGUAGUUGGUAGUGAAUUGAUACAAAAAUACCUGGGAGAUGGUCCAAAGCUAGUCAGGGAACUUUUCAGGGUUGCUGAUGAUCUUUCCCCAUCUAUUGUAUUCAUUGAUGAAAUUGAUGCUGUUGGUACAAAGAGAUACGAUGCUCACUCAGGUGGAGAACGUGAAAUUCAAAGAACCAUGUUAGAGUUGCUGAACCAGUUAGAUGGUUUUGAUUCAAGAGGAGAUGUAAAAGUGAUUCUUGCAACCAACCGAAUUGAGAGCCUUGAUCCAGCUUUGCUAAGACCUGGUCGAAUUGACAGGAAGAUAGAAUUUCCUCUUCCUGAUAUUAAGACAAGAAGACGCAUCUUCCAGAUACACACAUCAAGGAUGACAUUAGCCGAUGACGUCAACUUGGAGGAAUUUGUUAUGACUAAGGAUGAAUUUUCUGGAGCUGAUAUAAAGGCAAUAUGCACUGAAGCUGGAUUACUUGCUCUACGGGAACGCCGAAUGAAGGUGACUCAUGCUGACUUUAAGAAGGCAAAAGAUAAAGUGAUGUUUAAGAAGAAAGAAGGGGUGCCAGAAGGUCUAUAUAUGUGAACUAUCAUUUACCAUUAUCUUUGCUGUUUUUAUGUUCUAGCUCUGUGAGCAUCAUGUCUUGCGUUUUUACCAUGAUGUUGAGCUUUAUUCAUGUACAAUUGCUUGGGUAAAGUUAGAUCUGGAGGCUUUGAAUCUUAACUCGCAAUUGUUUUAUUUCAAUUUCUAUGAUUUUUGGAA